AGUAAACAUGAUUUACAUGUGCACACUGUAUAUAAUCAAAUAGUGUGUUGAACACCAUUUGCACUCAUGAUUCUGGUAAACAUUGAACAAUAAUUUUGAGAUAUGAGAGAAAGUUCCAAAAAGAUGUUUCCAUCUCUAUGCUACAGCUUUAUUUUUUUAUUGACUUUUGUAGGUGAUUUUCUUGUGAACAAAUGUAGAAAACACUGGAAUUUGUUUUAAGAUUUACAUUAAAACCUGUGAUUCAAGAUUGACAAAUUCUACUCACCGAAGGUUUUCCCCUACUUUAAUUUAUAUGAGACUUGCUGUCUACGCACUACAAUUACGUAAUAAAAUAAUUCUGGUUUCUGAUUGGCGUUGAGCCUGUCAAUCUCUGACGUUCUAUCCAAUGAGUGCAUUACGCAGACAUACAAACAGGCAGCCGCCAUGUUGUGUCCCCGGGGGCUUGGAGACGCUAUUGAGAGUGGUAGUAAAUGCCACUGCCGGAGUGCGUACUGUAUACACAGUAGUUUAACGGCAUUAGGAAGGGCUUUGAGCUUAUUGCGAUGAGUCGUCCGUCCUCGGCCGGAGGUGGAAGCGGAGGACUCGGGGCCGGGAAAGCAGGCGGAGGAAAGCACGGAGGAUCCGGAGGUGGUGGUGGUGCCGCCGCAGCCGCGGCCGCCGCCGCCGCCGCCGCAGCAGCGGCAGCCGCGGCAGCCGCCGGGGUAGGAGCCGUGGCCGGGUCGGGGUCUGCUGCCCCUUCCUCCGCGGUAUCGUUGCCCGCGGCGAACCUGCCCGGACAACCGUCAGAACUUACGGCGCUGUUUGAGUGCCCAGUUUGUUUUGACUACGUCCUGCCGCCCAUUCUGCAAUGCCAGGCCGGUCAUUUGGUUUGCAACCAGUGUCGCCAAAAGCUGAGCUGCUGUCCGACCUGCCGAGGCCCUCUCACCCCGAGCAUCAGAAACCUGGCCAUGGAGAAAGUUGCGUCAACUCUGCCGUUUCCCUGCAAGUACUCCUCGGCUGGCUGCCUGCUGUCCCUCCACCACAGUGAGAAACCGGAGCACGAGGAGGUGUGUGAGUUCCGUCCGUACACUUGUCCCUGUCCGGGGGCCACCUGCAAGUGGCACGGCUCCUUGGAAGCCGUCAUGCCACAUCUGAUGCACGCCCACAAGUCCAUCACCACGCUCCAGGGGGAGGACAUUGUCUUCCUGGCGACGGACAUAAACCUGCCUGGUGCUGUGGACUGGGUGAUGAUGCAGUCGUGUUUCAGCCACCACUUCAUGUUGGUGCUGGAGAAGCAGGAGAAGUACGAGGGCCACCAGCAGUUCUUCGCUGUCGUUCUUCUCAUUGGCACACGCAAGCAGGCUGAGAGCUUUGCCUACCGCCUGGAGCUCAACGGCAACAGACGUCGGCUUACCUGGGAGGCCACGCCUCGCUCCAUCCAUGAUGGCGUCGCCGCAGCCAUCAUGAACAGUGACUGCCUGGUGUUCGACACUUCCAUUGCGCACCUGUUUGCUGACAAUGGCAACCUCGGGAUCAAUGUCACUAUCUCCAUGUGCUGAGGCGGGGAGGGGCUAAAUGUGCAAGUACAUACAGACACACAUAUGAUAUAAACGGGGUAUUCUAGAGGAAUAUCGUGGACACAUGCACACGCCCGUGAUGUUGGAGGAACAGUUGUAGCUGUAAACACAGGGGCGUUUGGUUUGACUUCUCUGUUGUGACAUGGUCUUAAGAUGGGAGAUGGACAUCUAGUCCUGUCCUGUGCUGUGUUUCACUGUCCUACUGUGUUGGCCAUACAGCCCGGCAUGUAGCGGACAUCAUGUCUAACGCGACUGUUUCAUGGCAUUGUGGGGGUUUUUUUUCUUUUUAAUGACAAUGGCUCAGUGACAAACGAGGGUUUACCAAACAACUCAGCAAGGAGUGCUACCAUGUGGCAGCCAAAUACUUUACGCUGUGGGACUAUAUGUCUUUGGUUUUUGCUUCCAGUGGCCUGUUUGAUCUGCCUGUACAUUUUUAUAAAAAGGUCUUCCUCAGAAUGUUUUUGGGGACCUUCCCUCUCCCCCAGCAGCCACAGAGCCAUCAUGUCCCCUACCCCGUGGGAUGCUGCUGACCGGGUUGAUGUAUUAACAGGAAUUCACUGGAUUAUAGAUUCACCUGGGAGCUCUUUUUCCCAUAUAGAAAUGACUCUACUAUCCUUCUUUCAUCAACCAACCAUCCAGGUCCAAAACCUAGACCACACUUCUUUCUGGUCAGCCACUACAAGCCCACCUGUCCCAGUAGUUCCGUCACUGUCUGUAAACCUCCGGUCAAUCAGAGCCUUCUCAUGAAGCACUGGCUACUACCUCUCCUCUUCUGUUUUUCAGAGUUGAGUAUGCUUAGACGUUUGCGUAUCUCUAGUGAUGAAAACACACCACUUUUCAACUGUUUUCAAAUGGGUAAAAGAAAAGAAAAAAAUGUGUCAGUAACCACAGUCGGAGCUUUCCAGGUACAUCCAUUUAACACUCCUAGUUAAAAACCAAGCGCAUGGUAGACACAAGGGCUUUAUGGUAUGUGUUAAGGCGUAUGUUGAGCUGGUCUAUGUUGUAUUCUGUAAAUUGUGUUUCAUUCUGUACACAUAACAUCAAUUGCCCGGAUGUCUGUCCGUCUUGGUAGAGAUCCCUCCUCUGUUGCUCUCCCUGAGAUUUCUUCCCAAUUUUUCUCCCUGUUUAAGUUUUUUUUUGUGAGUUGUUCCUUAUCCAAUGCGAGGCUCUAAGGACAAGAUGUUGUAUCGCUUGUAAAGCCCCCUGAGGUAAAUUUUGAAAUUUGUGAUAUUGGGCUAUACAAAAUAAAUUGACUUAACUUGUCUAAACAGGUAAUGAGAACUGUGAUGUUGGCGGCCCAGUAAGCAUACAGUUAAAUUCAUCCAAAGCCAGUUGCAAGAAGAAAAAUCUAAAAUGUAUUGAAAUGUAAACCCUGUAGGCACUUAUUUUUUUUAAGACAACAAAGAAAUCAAGAUAUAAUUUGUCUUGGGAGGGCAUCCUGUAAUGUUGUGCUAGUAUUGUGGCCAUGUCACUGUUUCAUUGCCAUCUGUCUGAAUGAUGACUAGUGGGCUAUACUAAAGAGGCAGGCCUAUAUCCAAAAGGUCUAAGGUUAAACUAUCUGGAAAGCCCAAAAAGUCAGGAUGAGCAAAGUUAAUGAAAAAAGUUAUUUCCCCCUUCAACCUACCCCAUUUGAGCAAGGCACCCAACCUUCAGCCACACAUUGAAACUCAUACCAGUCUGCUCCUGAAUGUGAAUCCGUAGAACUGUGCAAAUGUGAAGCAGGGUUUAGCUUAAAGUGUAUGUAUAUAAUGUAUAUAUGUACUAGUAUGCAGGUGAAUGCAGGUCAUGUUUUAUUGCAGUUGUACCUAAUGGGCAUAUCUGGCAGAGCAGCGACAACAUGAUCUCUUCAUUCUUCACAUUUUGGCUCAAUGUUAAUACCAACCCAAUAAGCACUUUUUCCUGAAUCUGUCUAACCUAUUGUCCAGUGUAUGACAUUGCAGUAUAAAUUGUCCGCUGGUUUGUAACUAAAAAAGAAAAAAAAACAAUAUGGUAUUUUGGCGCCUAUUAUUGUUCUUUGUUCCACCUUCUUUGUUGUCACAGACUGUGCUGCGGAAACUGGUUAAUCAUUAGCCUGUGUACAAUCUCAGAUAAAAGCGGUAAAGUUGAGGACAAUCCUCACACUACCCCUUCUCUUCCUCCUCUUGCUGUUUACCCACCAAGGCCUUACUUUUUCUACAGCUAACCUCCUACUGUUCUUGUCUAGGAUUUUCUAUGUCCAAAGGGAGGCUCCACACUGCAGGGAGCGUCCACACAAGGCUUUUCACUGACGAGCUGCCCAGGGAAAUACGACUAAAAACUUAAAUUAUUCCUCUCAAAGAAAUUUAAAUAAAGAGGACUUUUCCUUUUUCUUUUUUUGCUUUAUAAACGCUGGAACGGCUUGAAUUAAUUCUCAUCUUCCCUCAUCCUCAUUUAAUAACCCUGGUAGCAAUAGGGCAACUGCACAGAACAGAAAAAGAAUUUGCUUGUCCACCAGGUACCUCUUGACAUCUCUAACCUCACCAGACCCCAUCAGGGCACUGCUGUCAUGCUGGGCUCCACGUUGUUACCACAGACCCUCAGUCUCCUCAGAUGUCCCCCCCUCGGUUCAUACAGCAUCACUGCUCUGCCAAAAGCAAAAAAAUAAAAAUAAACAUGGCCACCACUAUCACAAAAAAAGUGAAUUCAACCAAGUCCCUCUCCCCGCCCCCGGUCUUGAAUACAGCAGUGUUUUCUAAGUGGGGAAAUGGUUAGUGUUUAGUAAGUAAGCAUCUAGCAGAAUAUAUCAUAUAACGGCAAGCUGCCCUACGACCAUAACCACGAAACCAAAUCGGGGACAGAUGUGGAACCUCAAUCACCACCACCCCACCCCACCCACCACCCCGCUCGAGCACUGCUGCUGUAUAGAAAUUACAUUGGAAACACUGCUCUCUCUAAUCACCUCAGUUACACAGCUGACUUUUUAGCAAAUAUUUGAAAUAUUGUAAAUGAAUAUUGUACCGACAGUAUAUUUUCUAAAAAAGAAAAAGGAAAAAAAAUAUGAUUUGUUGUCAUGCUGAUUUUUGAACUGUAUUCAUGUUUGCCAUCACCCAGUUGUACAGAAGUUUUCGAGGUAAUUUUCUAACCUGCUGUUGCCGUUUUAAUAUUCUUCGUCUGUCAUUGUAGUCUGGGCAUGUCUGACUAAUCAACGUUGGAUCUAAAUGGUCGUAAAUGAAUGAUACUGUGAUAGAAAUGAUACUGUUUCUUUCGCAAUAGGCUUUUUGUGGUGGGGUUUUAGAGGGUCCCCUCAAUUUUUUUCUUUGGUGCUGUGCAGUUUUUCCAAAAUAUUUAACUAUAAAACAUUGGAAUCCACAAUUCUUUACCUCCAAAUUGUUUUUUUUCCCCAUGUUCUGAUAAAUAGAAAUAUGGACAAAAGCUUUGCAUUUGCCACUGUUUAUGCUAAAUAAAAACAAG